AUGCGCCGUCUUCUCUGCGUAUUGGCCCUCACGCUGCUCAGCAGUUACUUGGGCGUGACGGCAGCGGAGGCCGGUCCUCCUGCUGAUAGUCCCCGUGACAAAUCAGUGGAGGAUGCACGAGCGCGUCUUGAAAAAAUUACGGGUAUGGUUUUGCCUCCUUUCCAACGCUCUUCGGGCCCGGGUGAACGCCGUCAAGGUGGAGGUCAGCAGCGUCGUCAACGGCCUGGCAUGUCGCCUCAAUCUGACAAUCCUGGCUUCGAUUACCGUCCUCGGACUUCCGGUACUAGGGGCGCCCCCUCUUCCCGCGCGCCCUCCUUGGAUGAGCAUAAGGCACAGCUACAAACAAAUAACGGGAUAGCUAAUGCUAGUAAACCAGAGCCGGGGAUGCCACCAGAUGCGCCUGGCACAUUCCCGUCACCACCAAGCCCACAUACAGCCCCAUCGCUACCCCCUAACACAUUAUCUGGCGAACAGCGACGUGGCCCAGAAGCGCCUCCAGGACAGAGUGACGACCCAUCACAACUACCAAGCACCAAUCCGAAACAACAAGACGCCGGCAAAGGAGCAGUGAGCGGAGGACUGGUACAUGUGUCUCGAUCAGACGGGCCUGUGCCACCUCAAAUAAAUUCACAGGGCCAGGAGAACACAAUGACCCCGCUGCAGACUGCAAGGAAGGCAGCUAGCAACUCGCCAAGGUUUGCCAACUCGACAGAGGCUGAAGCUGCGAGGACAGAGGAUAAGGUCCACGCUGCAUUGAGGCAGGCGGGAGAAGCAGCGACGAAGGCCUGGAACGCAUGGACGGAGGCUGACAGGGCAGUGAAGCGUAUUGAAAAGGCCAAGACGGGGGCUGAGCAGGNGAAGCAGCGACGAAGGCCUGGAACGCAUGGACGGAGGCUGACAGGGCAGUGA